CCCCGGGGGCUCGCGCGCCGCGGCGUCGGGGAAGCGGUAGCAGCCACCCUCCUCCCGCGGGCUUCUUCUUACGACUUUUCUUUUGUUGUUGCCGUGACCCGGGUCUGUUUUCUCGUCUGCUGUUUAAGGUGUUUUCCUGCUGCACCGGCUCUCCGCCCUCCACCUCCUUCCCUGUGGUUUAACCUUCCUCUUUCCCCGUGUGUUUUCUGCACCGUGAACUACAUGGAGAUUUGCAUUUCUCCCCCCUCCUCUGCUCUUCUCCACUCCGAACCCUCGCCCCCUACUCCUUAGGAAAAAAAAACAAAAAACAAAAACAAAAAACCCAACCUUGCAAACCCUCUCUGGCCCCCGCGGUAGCAAGACUGUGAAGGGGUUGAUUUGUGGGGUGGGAGUCGCUGGCCCAUUGCGGUGCUUGGGACUCAUUAAACUGUCACUCACCCCCCAUCCCACUGGGUAAAUGGGGUGAUUAAUGUCUGAUAUAUUGGAAUGGGGCGAGGGCAUUUGCGGAGGAUAGGUUGUGUGGCUGAGGAGGAAUGCAGCUCCGAAGAGUGCCGCCUCGAACAGGUUUCGUCAUUAUGUCACUCACCGCGAAGUUAUAGAAAGUUAGGUUUGUGACUUUGGCAAAACGAGGACUGGACAGAGACGUUGGUUUUUGUUACUCUUUAACUCUGCCGCGGUUUCCUGAUGAGGACGGAGGGCUGAUCACCAGGGCUGCAACACUCGCGCCUCGGGCCUUUUCUGCGCCUCACCGUCCCCAGACCCUGUGGAGAUGUAUCUGACAUUCACAGAUGUCGCAGCACCUUGCAGGGCGCUGGUCAGCCCAGCCUGGGGUUACGUGAGGAUUUCAUCAGCCAUUAGAAAAGACCCACAAAGUGGAGCUAAAAGUUCCCAAACUUAGGAGACCUGCCCCCACUUCUUACUGAAAGCUGAAAGGUUUUCCUGAGAUUGUGAAACAUUACAGAGCGACCCAAAAAAAGAUUGUUAUGGGACACAGAUCAAGGGGAAGACAAAGUUCUGCUUUUUUCUGAGCGGAGGGUCAGAUCAGAUAGGCAGGUGCAGCGCUCAUUUUAAGUGGCCGUAGCAGGUUGUAUCAGUUUAUUAAUUUGUCUCAUGGAACUGAAGUUCUUUCCAGGAUUUCAGAAAGUGCAGUUUCACCUUGUUGAUACCGAGAGCUGAAAUUUGCAUGAAGUGGUAGUGUGAGAAAUUUUAUGGAGAAGGUAGUAGGAGACAAAACAGUUAAAAUGAGAGUGAAAUUGUAAGGUGAACCGGGCCGGAGUAAUAGUUCUGUCUCAUCUUCCAGCAUUCCGAGACACGUAUGCCAUUAUCUCGGCAGAAAAGAAAAAAAAAAAAUGAAAGUACCGUAAUAAUGUCGAAAUGGGACUGGAGAUGUCAAUUGGGUUGGUUUAAAAAUAUCCCCUAAGCUGCCUUUGAAACUAAACGUUGGAGUUGAAUAAAAGUGAAUCUGGAUUUCCUGCAUAGCACCGUGGCUUGAGUGUGCCUGUCAGUGUGCAAGCCAGUCCACCAACUUAAGACAGAAGUGUUGCUAUUCCAUAAAUACAGUAGAACUCCAUAUGCUGAGUUUUUCCAUUUCUUUCUGUUAGAAAGUUUGGAAAAAAAGGGAGACUUUGAAGUAUUUUGUUUAUACUAACAGAAGAGAAAAGUUCUCCUAAGAAAAAGCUGGUGGCAGGAGUGUAGAGGAGUAGCAUAUGGCAUUAAAAGGAGCACAGCUGGAGGUAGCAUUUCCAUCUGAACAUGAUGUCAGAGCAGCUGACAGCCUGCCAUCCCUCAGCCUUUUAUUCUAACACACAGACAGGGAGUUAGUGUGUGCGGAUCUGUGGUGGAGAAGGUAUCUUAUUCCUCUCUAACAUCAUCUCCACUUUGCAUCUGUCUCUCUUAGUCUGCUUUUUUUCCACCGAUGUAACAGACCUGGAGCCAGCGAGACUCAGAGGAAAGGACUUAAUCAGGUUUAUGUGUCCUAAAGGUUAUGAAGACAGCAUGGAGUUCCCAGACCACAGUAGACAUCUGCUGCAGUGUCUGAGCGAGCAGCGGCACCAGGGCUUCCUGUGUGACUGCACCGUUCUGGUGGGAGAUGCCCAGUUCCGCGCGCACCGAGCUGUGCUGGCUUCGUGCAGCAUGUAUUUCCACCUCUUUUACAAGGACCAGCUGGACAAAAGGGACAUUGUUCAUCUGAACAGCGACAUUGUUACAGCCCCAGCUUUCGCUCUCCUGCUGGAAUUCAUGUAUGAAGGGAAACUCCAGUUCAAAGACUUGCCCAUUGAAGACGUGCUCGCAGCUGCCAGUUAUCUGCACAUGUAUGACAUCGUCAAAGUCUGCAAAAAGAAGCUGAAAGAGAAAGCCACCACGGAGGCGGACAGCACCAAGAAGGAGGAGGACGCCUCCAGUUGCUCGGACAAAGUCGAGAGCCUCUCGGACGGCAGCAGCCACAUGGCCGGCGACCUGCCCAGCGACGAGGACGAGGGCGAAGACGACAAACUGAACCUCCUGCCAGGCAAGAGGGACUUGGCGGCCGAGCCGGGGACCAUGUGGAUGCGCCUGCCCUCGGACUCGGCGGGCCUCCCCCCGGCGGGCGGGGAGCCCGAGCCCCACGGCGCCGCCGCCGCCGCCGCCGCCGCCGCCGCCGGAAAAACAGUGGCCAGUCCUUGCAGCUCCAGCGAGUCUUUGUCCCAGAGGUCUGUCACCUCCGUGAGGGAUUCGGCAGAUGUUGACUGUGUGCUGGACCUGUCUGUCAAGUCCAGCCUGUCAGGAGUUGAAAAUCUGAACAGCUCUUAUUUCUCUUCACAGGACGUGCUGAGAAGCAACCUGGUGCAGGUGAAGGUGGAGAAAGAGGCUUCCUGUGAGGAGAGCGAGGUUGGCGCUAGUGACUAUGACAUGGAACAUAGCGCUGUGAAAGAGGGCGGGAGCACUAACGCCAGGGUACAGUAUGAGCCGGCGCACCUGGCGCCGCUGAGGGAGGACUCGGUGCUGCGGGAGCUCGAGCGCGAGGACAAAGGCAGCGACGACGAGAUGAUGACCCCGGACGCCGAGCGCGGCCCGGUGGAGGGCGGCAUGGAGAGCAGCCUGCUGCCCUACGUGUCCAACAUCCUGAGCCCGGCCGGCCAGAUCUUCAUGUGCCCGCUGUGCAACAAGGUCUUCCCCAGCCCGCACAUCCUGCAGAUCCACCUGAGCACGCACUUCCGCGAGCAGGACGGGCUGCGCAGCAAGCCGGCCGCCGACGUCAACGUGCCCACCUGCUCGCUGUGCGGCAAGACCUUCUCGUGCAUGUACACGCUCAAGCGCCACGAGCGGACCCACUCGGGCGAGAAGCCCUACACGUGCACGCAGUGCGGCAAGAGCUUCCAGUACUCGCACAACCUGAGCCGCCACGCCGUGGUGCACACGCGCGAGAAGCCGCACGCCUGCAAGUGGUGCGAGCGCAGGUUCACGCAGUCGGGGGACCUGUACAGACACAUCCGCAAGUUCCACUGUGAGUUGGUGAACUCGUUGUCGGUCAAAAGCGAAGCCCUGAGCUUGCCCACUGUCAGAGACUGGACCUUAGAAGAUAGCUCGCAAGAACUCUGGAAAUAAUUUUCUAUAU